CACCAGGCCAAGAACUUCUUCUGAUCUUCCUUCACCUCCAUAUAUACACAGCAAGAUAGAGAGAUCCAUACAUACAUACACUUACACACAUAAGGGUAGGCUAGCUUGCUUGAGAUUGAUCGAUCGAGAUGGAUCUUGGAGGAAAUGGAGCUGGCUUCCAUGGCUACCGCACCAGGCUCCCUCACCCAACUUCUGAGAUGAAAGUGCCACUGGAGAUGAACAUGGGACUGCCGGUGGGUGCGUCGUCGCCUCAGCUCAAGAUGUUCAACCACGGCGGCACCGGGAACAACCCAGUUGCCGCUGCUGCUGACGACGGAGAAUGCACGGUGAGGGAGCAAGACCGCUUCAUGCCCAUCGCCAACGUGAUCAGGAUCAUGCGCAAGAUCCUGCCCCCACACGCCAAAAUCUCCGACGACGCCAAGGAGACCAUCCAGGAAUGCGUGUCGGAGUACAUCAGCUUUAUCACUGGCGAGGCCAACGAGCGUUGCCAGCGCGAGCAGCGCAAGACCAUCACUGCCGAGGAUGUGCUGUGGGCCAUGAGCAAGCUGGGGUUUGACGACUACAUUGAGCCGCUCACGCUCUACCUCCACCGCUACCGCGAGUAUGAUGGCGGCGACCGUGGCUCCCUCAGAGGCGACCCCCUGCUUAAACGGACAAUGGUUGAUCCGGUGAACUACCCACCGUUUGUGCAGCCGUUCCCGGUGGGCCACCACCAUGCUUACUUCGGGUUUCCACCGCCGAUGAACGGCGGUGGGUACCUGCAGAGAGAUGAAUCAAAUGCAGGCUCUUCCCAGCCUGCACCUGCUGCUAAUAUCGACCCUCCUUACCCUCACUGCAAGGAGUGAGUGAGUGAAUCAUCAAGAGCAGAGAAAUAAUUACUAUUUUUUUUUUCUAAAAACAAAUUGAAAUUGAACUUGUCUCUGCUAGGCUUUGUGAUGUAAUGAUUAGGAUUUUAAUUUAGAAUGUUUGGUCUGCUGCAUUGCCCCAACUCUCAAG